CUCUUUUCUCCCUGUUCUUUGCAGCCGGUCGGACGCACGCGUCCCAUACCUGCAUAGAGCUCCCUGCAUUAUUGAGGACCGUCCCUUAUCGAACGUCGCAAUAUCCCGCGCGCACUGCACCAAGAGGGAGACGAUACCGAAAAUAAUUCACUUCACUUCAACCAAAAAUAUUAUAAAGUCCAGUACUUCACAACCAUUAAUCGAAAUGUUUGUCAAAAGAAUGCGAGCAGUAAGGUUCCUCCUCCUUCUGUGCACACUUUGGCAUCUGACCCUGGCUUUCCCCGCCCAAACAGAAUACUCAGAAGAUGACAAUCGACAAUUCCAGGUCACCAUCUCCAAGGCAACCCCGAUUUCCACUGCACAGCUAGGAGGCUCCAUCACAAUCCCGUGUAUGGUGUCCCUUUCCCCUGGGCUCCCCUCGUCCUCCUCGCCCCCCAUCCAGCCCCGGGUCAAGUGGAGCGUGUUGCAUGAUGGGGAGCAGGAGGAGACAGAGAUCCUGGUGGCGCGGGGUCAAAGGGUGAAGGUCAACGAGGCUUACGGAGAACGAGCUUCCCUGGUCAACUUUGCAGACUCGCCCGAGGACCUCUCCCUCUGGCUGGGGGAGCUGCGCUCAACAGACACAGGGCACUACCGUUGCGAGGUGCAGCGGGGCCUGGACGACGCCAGUGACUUCACACAGAUCAAGGUCAAAGGUGUGGUCUUCCACUACAGACAUGCCUCUGGUCGCUAUGCAUUUUCGUUCAGUGAGGCCCAGGCGGUGUGCGAGAGCAUUGGGGCACACAUCGCUACUCCCGACCAGCUUCUGGCAGCCUAUUACGAUGGCUAUGAGCAGUGUGACGCCGGCUGGCUCGCUGACCAAUCUGUCAGAUAUCCAAUCCAAGUUCCCCGGGAAGGUUGCUAUGGUGACAUGGAUGGUCGCCCGGGAGUGAGGAACUAUGGGACACUGGAACCAGAGGAGCUGUUUGAUGUGUAUUGUUAUGUGGAGCAUAUUGAUGGGGAGGUGUUCCAUGGCUCUGCCCCUAAGCAGCUGUCAUUGAAUGAGGCUUGGGCGUACUGCGAGAAGGAAGGGGCAGAGCUGGCUACCACAGGGCAGCUGUACAUGGCAUGGAGUGAGGGUCUGGACCGCUGUAACCCUGGCUGGCUGUCUGAUGGCAGCGUGCGCUACCCCGUCAUCACCCCUAGAGCGCGCUGUGGAGGUCCACAGGCAGGGGUCAAGACCCUGUAUCGCUACAGCAACCAGACAGGCUUCCCUGAAUCCUCCAGCCGCCAUGAUGUUUACUGUUUCAGAGGUAAUGGGAAUCCUCACACGGAUGCCCCCAUGGACUACAUGGCCACUGAACCAGAGGACAUCGGACAAGAUAUUGUUGUUCUUAUGGAGCCUGCCGAGGAGCUCCAUCCGAGCCUGGAUCCAGAGCAAGUGGAGCGAGAGGCCCAGAGUGUCCUGCAAUCCCUCCGCGUCUUCCAGUCAGCUCCUGCUCGGGAGGACCUGCAAGGAUCUCCCCCUACUUCCAUGUCAAGCACAGAGGUCCCACUCACCCGUACAGCUUCCACCCAGGAUCUCCUCCAGCCUUUUGAUGAGACUUCACUUCCUGUAGAAGAACACUACCACUCCCAGCAUCCUACUUCACUUCCCAGCACCUCCAGUGUGCCAGACUCCCUUCACGAAGAAAACUAUCACUCCCAGCAUUCUACUUCACUACCCAGCACCUCCAGUGAGCCAGACUCCCUUCACGAAGGAGACUAUCACUCACAUAAUUCUACUUCACUUCCCAGCACCUCCAGUGUGCCAGACUCCCUUCACGAAGGAGACUAUCACUCCCAGCAUUCUAGUUCAUUACCCAGCACAUCCAGUGAGCCAGACUCCCUUCACGAUGGAGACUAUCACUCCCAGCAUUCUACUUCACUUCCCAGCACCUCCAGUGAGCCAGACUCCCUUCACGAAGGAGACUAUCACUCACAGAAUUCUACUUCACUUUCCAGCACCUCCAGUGUGCCAGACUCCCUUCACGAAGAAAACUAUCACUCCCAGCAUUCUAGUUCAUUACCCAGCACAUCCAGGGAGCCAGACUCCCUUCACAAUGGAGACUAUCACUCCCAGCAUUCUACUUCACUUCCCAGCACCUCCAGUGAGCCAGACUCCCUUCACGGGGGAGACUAUCACUCACAGAAUUCUACUUCACUUCCCAGCACCUCCAGUGAGCCAGACUCCCUUCACGAAGGAGACUAUCACUCACAGAAUUCUACUUCACUUCCCAGCACCUCCAGUGUGCCAGACUCCCUUCACGAAGGAGACUAUCACUCCCAGCAUCCUACUUCUUUACCCAGCACGUCCAGUGAGCCAGACUCCCUUCACGAGGAAGACUAUCACUCCCAGCAUCCUACUUCAUUACCCAGCACGUCCAGUGAGCCAGAGUCCCUUCACGAGGAAGAUUAUCACUCCGAGCAUCCUACUUCUUUACCCAGCACGUCCAGUGAGCCAGACUCCCUUCACGAGGAAGACUAUCACUCCCAGCAUCCCUCUUCAUUACCCAGCACGUCCAGUGAGCCAGACUCCCUUCACGAGGAAGAUUAUCACUCCCAGCAUCCUGCUUCAUUACCCAGCACCUCCAGCGUGCCAGACUCCCUCCACGAAGGCAACUCCAGUUUCUACCGACUCAAACUGGAAACGAGCCCAGGAUUCCCAGAGCCGUCUUACAAGCCACACAUACAUUACCAGCCGAUGCCAGAGAUGAACCCGGAGGAACCCGACUACCAGCAGUCAGGCUCUUCCAAGCACUUCCAGCCAAUGCCAGAGACCAACCUGGAGUUGGAUCAACUGGAAGCCAACUACAGCACAACAGCAGGUAACCAGAGUCAUCGGGAGAAUGCACAAGAGACUACCAACAUGGCCUUUGACCCCAUAGAGAAUGCUACCGAGGCACGUGACCCCACCACAGAGAGAAGACACAAAGAGGCGAUCGUGGGAGAACUUGAAGAGACAUCCAUCUCGACCGAAUCCCUGGGUGAGCUUGAUCCUCACCCAGUCUGGUCUACACUCUCCCCCCACGGAAGGGCAACCUCAGUGUGGUUGCCCUUGGAUGGAUCUGGAGAUAUGUCCCAAGAGAUUGACCUAGGUGUCCACCAGGGAAUGCACACAGACAGAUCCCCCACCUCUGAACCCUCUGACUUCACCACUCACAUAUCUGCCUCCCCUGUAGCCACCAGCAUCUCCAGUGAGCAGCAGACAGGCGUUCCGCAUUCAAGCAGCAUCUCAUCUGGACUGGAUCGUUCUGAAGGGCUGGGACUGGAUGUGUACUCCACAGUAGCUGUGUACUCCACAGUAGGCCAUCCACCAGGAACCUCCCAGGGAACUUCCUCCGCUAGACCGGAAGGCAGCACCAGUCUAGAUUUCGAGGGUAUCGUCAAUCCAGAGAGAUUGGAACCUUCAGGAGCAGUGGAGCUGGCACCAGGGGAGUCUGAUGAGGAGCACCUGGGGUCUGGAGAGGAAAUGGCUACGACUGAGUCUCCAGACCUGUCCACCACCUCCCAGCUGCCUGUCGAAUUUACCACAAUGGGAUAUCAAACAACGGCCAUGUCCAGAAUAGAGGUGGAUCCCACAACCACGGACCCUGAAGAAGACGGAAGUGGACAUGAGCCAGGCACUGAUGAACCGUCCCUCAGAGAAAAAGUUACAGUCUUCCCCCUUGAGUCGCAAACAACCAGUUGGGAUCUGCACCGUACCACCUCUGCACCCCAAGAGUCUCAGGACGACCUUGAAUACAGCGGGGAACCCGCUUCCUCCUCUUCCCAGACAGAGUUUCCAGACUCCUCAGCAGAACCUGAACUGUUUGGAUCAGACUCCUUGUCCACCUCAAGUACAGAUCCCACCGCUGCCACUAUGUCCACAUCCACCGUGUACACAUCCACAGAGUGGGCUACACAGACCUGGAGCCCCGUCACCUCCACUACACAAAGUCCCCCAGAGCCAGAGAGGGUGACGGCUCUUAUGCCCCCUGUGGAUCAUGGCAAGAUGGAUCUGGAAUUCGGCCUCACCCAGCCGCCAACCCUGCUCAUCUUGCCCAAUGAGAGAGCUGCUGUGGGCAGUUCCAGGAAGAUUUCAGAUGCCUGUCUGGAGGACCCCUGUGCCAACGGCGGCACCUGCGUCGAGAUGGGCGGGAGCACCAAAUGCCUCUGUUUGCCCAGCUAUGGAGGUGACCUCUGUCAGAUGGAUCUGGAGCAGUGUGGGGGGGGCUGGCAGAAGUUCCACGGGAACUGCUACAAGCACUUCAACCAGCGGCUGAGCUGGGAGGUGGCGGAGCAGCACUGUCGCAUGGUGGGGGGCCACUUGGUGUCAAUCAUUACCCCUGAGGAGCAGGACUUCAUUAACAAUAACUAUAAGGAGUAUCAGUGGACUGGACUGAACGACAAGACCAUCGAGGGGGAUUUCCGCUGGUCCGAUGGUAACCCAUUGCUCUAUGAGAACUGGUACAGGGGCCAGCCUGACAGUUACUUCCUGUCUGGAGAGGACUGUGUGGUGAUGGUGUGGCAUGAUGCCGGGCGCUGGAGUGAUGUGCCCUGCAACUACCACCUGGCCUACACCUGCAAGAAGGGCACCUCUUCAUGUGGCCCUCCCCCCAAAGUCCGGAACGCAUCUGCGUUUGGCAGAGUCCGCCAGAGGUACGAGACAGACGCCAUUGUGCGCUACUACUGUGCCCAGGGCUUCCAGCAGAGACAAAACCCUCUGGUCAAGUGCCUGCCAGGUGGCAAGUGGGAGGAGCCCCAGAUCCUCUGCAUUCCUGGGGCAGGAAACACAGCACAGGUAGCAGGAGUAACAUCACCAACAACAGGAAACCAGGAGCUGACUGAAGAGGAAUCAUAAACAAAGAAAACGCCUCAAUACUGGGACAUCAAGUGGAACUUUUCAAUUCCAUACCAUGUCCCAUUACACUUCAAGAGUUUUCUUUCUUCAUUGACCAGAGAUCUGAAAUGGCUGAACAUGUGAAGGCAAUAUUGUGAUCUUGAAAGGAGACAAGGAAAGAGUAUUGGGACACAGGGUCAGGUUGGCAUUACAUUCCUACUCCUCAUCGAAGCACAUCGAUCUGAAUCUGUAGUUGGGAUAGCCUGGGCUUUAGGGUCUCUUGCAGCCCUACAUAGGAUGCCAUGAAUUGCAAUGGUGUGCUAGAAUGCGGAACACGGAACAUUUUCAGUGAAAAGUCCUUGGGCUUUCCGAAAAUCCUGUCACUGACGCAUGUCUAUUAUCAGUAACUCCUUGUCCAUCCAUCCGGAUUGUACACUAUAUAUAUAUAAAAGUGUAUGGACACUGCUUCAAAUUAGUGCAUUUGGCUUUUUCAGCCACACCCAUUGCUGACAGGUGUAUAAAAUCGAGCACACCGCCAUGCAAUCUCCAUAGACAAACAUUGGCAGUAUAAUGGCCUUGUUGACGAGCUCAGUGACUUCCAACAUGGCACCGUCAUAGGAUACCACCUUUCCAACAAGUCAGUUCGGCAAAUUUCUGCCCUGCUAGAGCUGCCCCGGUCAACUGUUAGUGCUAUUAUUGUGAAGUGGAAACGUCUAGGACCAAAAACAGAUCAGCCACAAAGUGGUAGGCCACACAAGCUCACAGAACGGGACAGCCAGGUGCUGAAGCUCCAACUGUGUUAGACAGUGGUAGGAUGCACGGUAGCUCGUCUUGAGAAAAUUUGGUUCAGACGGUUUCUUUAACGAUAUCCACACAUUGUACAAUCCUGAAGGACGGACAAGGAGUAAUGGGUUAUAAAUAUGCCUUAGGUAGCAGAAUUUUUGGAAACCUGGAUGCCAAAGGAUUUUUCACCAAAUAUGUCCCGGGCUCCAAAUUAUAGCGAUCUAGGAUGCCAUUGCAUUCAAUGUGCGACGUCAACUGUAGGCCCAGGACUCUUGUUGGUUUUAAACAGCCGUCAUCACGCUAACGGUGUCAAUCAUUGUUUAUGGACUAUUAUUGGCAAAUCAGCUUUAAAAAUCCACCCAUCAUAUUUUAAACAACAGCUGGUCUGUUUGCAAUUCCAUUCAUAUUCCAUCAGCUAGGGAUUACCUGGGGUCUGUUCAGGAGGGGGGAUGUUACAGAACGUUCAGAUAGAAAUGUAUUGUGUAGAACAGAUAUGAUUGUCCAGCCUGGCCUCAGAGCCAUAUUAAAUAUACUUGAUGUAUUUCUGAGCACCUCCAAGAUGUAUGAUACCUACUAAUGGUCUAGUUACUUGAGACAGAAACUCAAGUAGGGAGGUUGGUCGGGGAGGAUGGGUGGGCGUAAUCCGCGACAAUCUAGCACUCCAAGGUUUUGCAUGUGUGAGCCGCAUCAGGGUCAUCUGUAGCAUUUUAGCUAACCCUUAUUCUAAACUUUACCCAAUUCACCUAAUCUGCUAUGUAAAUUCACCUAACCUUUGUCGUUUUAGUUCUCCUAACCUUUGUCGUUUUAGUUCUCCUAACCUUUGUCGUUUUAGUUCUCCUAACGCCCAUGUAAAUUCUCCCUGUAAUUCUCCUUUGUUGUUACAGCGCAACAAGGAACCUGGCCUCAGUUUAAGACCUGCAAUACUAUACGUCCUCCGAGACGUAUGAUAAGUUACGUCACCCAAUUCGUAUGUUUUGUAUGACCGGGUAACACCUAUGACACUGUACGUCCUCUAAUUCGAAUGAUAUUGUACGACUGCUAUUCCAUUUAGAAUCUAAUGCAAUGUGUCAUACUAAAUUGAGUCUUAGAUUGUCACAGAUGUACGUACAGAAUCAUAUGAAUUGCCCUGAGACCACAUUGGAUUGCCUGUAGACUUGGGGACGAAUGUAGUUCUAUUAAUAAUAUUUCUACCUGCAAUGUUUUUGAACCUUUUUGUCUCACCGAGUACACUCCAGGACAGGUGAGUCAUUAUUGGGAUGUUUGGUUGAGUGUCAGGGAAGACACACAACUGACUCUGUGGUCCAUAUCCAAACCUGUCCCACGUCACAACCUCUAGGUCCUUUGAGUCCCCUUCAUAGAACUAAAAAGGACUGUAUAGGUGUACACAAUAUUGUGGGAACUCUGCCAAGCCUACCAGAGGGCUAGGUGAAGCUAUUACCACAUUGCUGAUACCAAUCCAAAUAUUUCAGAUCCACAAGGUGACUUGACAAAGUCUUUAGAAAUGAAGCAAUGGUUGGUUUGGAAAUGGAGCAUCAAAAUCCCUGUCCUCCUAGGAACCCAUAUCAACUCUUCAACUCAGCAUUAUUUCCAUCUCAACUUUCUCACAACCAUAGAUAGGCCUUCUUAGACUUUUAUAAUCAACCGACUUUAUAUGAAAUAUGGUGCUCACACCCUUGCCUAUGAUGCAUUUUGACCUCCUUUUAAAUCGUAAAGAAUCAAAAUGGCACGUUUGUGCAGUAGGAUGUCAGAAAACAAAACGACUCCAAACACAGCACGUUUAUAAAGCCAAUUCCAUUAUCAAACUAAAAUGUACAUUUCACACGGUGGUUUAUUUAUUCACUCUUAACUAUUUUGGGGUGAAAAAGGCAAGAGUGGGUAGCCUGCAAUUGUUUUUACAAGGGUGACAAUGCCUUUACUGUAUGUAUCAAUGAUAUUGGUUAGAUUUUGUAUUGUUGAAUUACUGUCCACUCUUCCCUGUGAUAGAUGCCCUACAUUUUACUGAUACAGUCCUAUGAAAAGCUUUAUGUUGUAAUAAAGUUUUGUAGAAUAAAGCAAGGACUUAAUCAGUAUUAACCACAAAGCCAUUUUCAGACAUAUUUUUUGUUCUUUAUUUUCCGAUUUUAUAAGUAUCUUUUCCAGUAACACUCUUCCUUUAUAAACAAAAUAAAAUAACAGAACGUU